AGUUUUAUUUAUUUAUUUUAUGCACACGUGUGGAUGCUAGAAGUGAAAUAGUGAGCAAGAGCUAUGACCUGUGUCUGCAGUGUUGCCAACUUGGCGACCCUUUCACUAUUUUCUGCACUAAUAGUGGUCCGAAUGUUAGUAGUAUGCUUAAAACCAUAAGCACAUUACUUACCGAACAUGAAUAUGCAAUGUUUGUGAGAUACAGUAUGCCUAAAAUUACGUGAUUUGCGUAAUAAUUACAGCGCUAUUAUUUUUUCAUCCUCGCACAUUCUCGCGAGAAUGGGCUUUUUGAUGGCAGGCAAUGCAGUUGUCGCGCGUAGCCUACAGGUGGCGGCAAAGCGGCACAGUAUGUAUGACGUAGUGUUUCCUUUUGUGUGUCUCGUGAGUGAGUUGUUGACACCGCCCCUCCGGAGAGAAGCUGCAACGAGGGCGGCACUGUCACAAGCAGACCGCGGCUCACUUUUCCUGGCUGUAAACAGCUCCACGGCGAAAUCAUGCACGGAAAAGAAAGCGUCUCCGAGGAGCGGCUCCUCUGUAUUUUGCCACCGCCGGUGCUACGGACGUUCACCAUAUAGACUAUCGAACGACGCCUAUCUACGGCCGCCUAGCCUCACGUCACCUCCCGUCGUUUCUCUUGGACUAGUGCUUCACCUGUCAGUAUCGGUCAUUGUUUAGCUGAUGCAAUUGCUGCUUUUUCUAAACUGCGGUUGUGAACGAUCUCCGGGUAACUCGGCGCCAAGCUCACCCGCCGAGCGUGGGGCCAGACCAGCGGCUGCUUAGCUCCAGAGACGCAGCCUAACAUGGCAUCGGCCGCCGAGCACGACCUGGCGCUUUCUGAGGCCGACAGCAGCAAGGAUAAAUCUCAGGUGUUCGGAAUAUUGAGGUUGCAAGAGGAGAAAUCUAACAUCGUCGAGAAAUGUAUCCCCGCUGUGAGGGGAGGCGGGGGUGGAGGAGGAGACGGACGAUGGCAGGCUCCCAUCUUCGCGUUAGCCAGGAAAGCCUCUGAAACCAUUUCAGGGAGCAUUCACGUGCUGCCUAAAGUGUCGGAGAACAGAGCAUCCAUGCCAGGAGAAUGGAACGUUCAAGCUUUGCGGGAUCCCAUGGCCAUGGAACGAGCCAACCUGCUCAACAUGGCCAAGCUGAGUAUUAAAGGCCUGAUCGAGUCAGCCCUGAGCUUCGGAAGAACACUGGACUCGGACUACCCGCCUCUGCAACAGUUCUUCGUUGUCAUGGAGCACUGUCUCAAACAUGGUCUGCGAGUCAAAAAAUCAUUUCUGGGAUUUAACAAGUCUCUUUGGGGACCUCUGGAGCUGGUCGAAAAACUGUGCCCGGAAGCAGGAGAGAUCUCAGCCUCUGUGCGAGAUCUGCCAGGACUCAAGACUCCUCUAGGUCGGGCCAGAGCGUGGUUGCGACUGGCCCUCAUGCAGAAGCGGCUGGCCGACUAUCUGCGACUCCUCAUCACUCGAAAAGACUUACUAUGUGAUUUCUACGAGAAUUCGGCACUGAUGCUGGAAGAGGAAGGCGCCGUGAUCGUGGGCCUGCUGGUUGGCUUGAACGUCAUUGAUGCCAACCUGUGUGUCAAAGGUGAAGACCUGGACUCUCAGGUCGGGGUGAUUGACUUCUCCAUGUAUUUAAAGAAUGACAUCGAUGAUUACAGGAGCGAAGAGAGGAACAGCCAGAUAGCAUCUAUCUUGGAUCAGAAAAACUACGUCGAGGAACUUAAUCGGCAACUGAAUUCUACAGUUCAUGGGCUACAGGGCAGAGUAGACUCUCUGGAAAAGUCCAACUCGAAACUCGUAGAGGAGUUAGCCAUCGCCAAAAACAACAUCAUUAAACUACAGGAAGAGAACCAGCAACUAAGGAGCGAAAACAGCCUCAUUCUUCUGAAGGCACAACAACAUUUAGAGGUGUCUCAAGGUGACGUGUCAUUGGAGAGAGACACAUACAAACAGUCUCGUCAAGGUUUGGAUGAGAUGUACAACGAGGCGCAAAGGCAGCUGAAGGAGGAGUGUCAGCUCAGACAGGAUGUGGAGAAUGAGCUGGUGGUCCAAGUGUCAAUGAAACAGGAAAUGGAACUGGCCAUGAAACUUCUUGAGAAAGAUAUUCAUGAAAAACAGGACACGUUGAUCGGUCUGAGAAAUCAACUGGACGAAGUCAAAGCCAUCAAUGUCGAGAUGUAUCAGAAGAUGCAGUCAUCCGAUGACGAAAUGAAGAAGAAGAACAACAUGAUCAGUCGUCUUGAGGAGAAGACUAAUCAGAUCACUGCCACCAUGAAGCAGCUGGAGCAGAGAUUACAGGAAGCCGAGAGCCACCGCACCACGGCUGAGGAAGGCACCAGGCGCUUCAAGAUGGACUUUGCAAACAAGGCCGACAGCCUGCAGAAGCAGAUCGACCACAGAGAGAAACAACUUUUGCAGCUGGAGACGGACCUGAAGAUCGAACGCGAGUGGAGGCAAACGCUACAAAACGAUCUGCACCGAGAGAGAGAAACGGUGGCUCAGCUCAGGACACAGGCGCUGCAGAUUAACGGCCUCAAGAUGGAGUUCCAUCGCCUUCAGGAUGAGAACUUCCAGCUGAAGAGUAUAUGUGAAGACCAAGAACAAGCUCUCGAGGAGCUUGGCUCCAAACUAAGCGAAUCCAAAAUGAAGAUUGAGGACAUCAAAGAAGCCAACAAAGCUCUUCAGGGUGGGCAGGUGUGGUUGAAAGACAAGGACGCAAGCCACUGCAAGCUGUGUGAGAAAGAGUUCUCCAUCUCAAGACGCAAGCAUCACUGUAGGAACUGCGGAGAGAUCUUCUGCAAUAGUUGCUCAGACAACGAACUUCCACUGCCCGCAUCUCCCAAACCAGUGCGAGUGUGCGACACCUGCCACGCUCUCCUCCUUCAGAGAUGCUCGUCUAAUCCCACUUGAAAGCUUUUCACUCUACCUCCUCUGGUAUGAUGAGCGCUCGUCAGCCCUCUGCAAGGUCCAUCUCUUUAAAGCUUUUGCAUGCACAUUUGUCGCAUAUCUCACUGCGAUUGGAUUGGAUUGGUUUGGAAGUUGAGAUGCUGAAGUGGCGCACUGCGUUUCCUCAAAUAGUGGCCUCUGCUUGAAUUGGGCGGCGUGCCUCGUUACAUACGGAAAAUGACAUGACCACAAAGCACAACCCGAGCAGUACAGACGUGGUAUCUGUAAAGAUGAAAACUUUUUCGGAGGCUCCCUGUACAAGGAAAUACAGGAUGCUGGAUGUACUUCAUAUCAUUUUGUUAUUCUAUUGGAAUUGAAUUUGUUUAAAAACUCAAUUAAGUUGCAUCAAAUCAAACAUUUGCAUUUUACGAUGACCUGGAUGAUUGAGCAACUGUACAAAUAUUUUUUUUUAAUCCUUAGGAUUAUUUUUAUUUUAUUUUAUUUUUUUACAAUUGUGACAGUAUUGUAAAAAUAACUUGCAUCAUGCAAUGCCAACCUUCCCCGCUAGAUGGGGUAGGUACACCUUGAGCUUUCAUUCCACGUGCACAUUCCAACUUCAUGAUGUGAUACAUUGUGUUCGCCUAUGGCAGUGCACUUGGGUUUUCUGCUCGACAGGGUCAAAUAUUCAGAUGUUUACAUCUCCUCAACUGGAUGUCGCUGCUCUUUUGUUAAAAUAUUAGAAACUCGAUCACUGCCCCAUCGCGUGCGUUCUGGAAAAAGACUUAAGGCACUGAAAGAAGAUGGGACUUGCCCAGCUGUAAAAGACGGGGCUUCACACUAAGAGAAAGCACUUAAGCAAAAUUACUGACUGCAUGUUGUUUGUACCAAAAUGUGAUCAGAUAAGUGCCACCACUAAUUGAAGAUACUCACGAAAAAAUAAAAAAUAAAGUACAGAAAGUUUACUGUUGCCAUCUUCCCAAGGCUGCUGCUCAUGUUCUGUGUUGGUGCCACUUGAGUUUGUCUAAUACUGUUCGUGCCAAAAUGACCCAGGUACAGUCCCAGUCAGCAAAAUUGGUCUGGCCCAGCUUUGGGCAGACACAACGGUACACUCGGCGCACGUACCUCAAUAAAUGACGGUCCUGCAGUGGCCCACAUCUGGCAUUCAUGAUGUGGGAUUUGUAUAUUUUACUCUGAAUCAUAUUGAAUAACUGAAUCUGAAUUGUACUCUGAAUUUGAAGCGAUAUACUUUUUUUUCUUUGAAACUGUAUUUGAUCCUCAAUGGAAAUUAAAUUUUGUUUAUUUUCAUAUUCAGUCAUACAAAUACAAAACGAUGUUUUUUUUCAACGUCAGAUUUAGUUUUUGAACUGAGGUUUUAUAUUAACUUUAUGGUCAAGUAUGAAGUAUCCGUUUUGUAUUGCAGCAAACGGAAUCAAAAUUAAUUUCAUUGUAUUUCAGUGCAGAAAGGGUUCUUUUUGGCAGCCCCUCUGACUGUUCAAUCACCUACAUUUUCACAAGUGAUGUGUCGGUUGCGAACGAGCCGGUACAGAGAGCC